GUGACGAAACGUGCGUAAAUUCAGCGCGACAAAACAACAACAGCACUAUUGUGUAAGUGUCCCAGCAAAGUCUCCGAGCAGAGGAGAGACUGCGUCCACCAAUAUGUCGUCUGUCCUGCGGCUCUGCACUCCAUCGAGGAGUCCUGUGUGUGUUCUCGCAGUGUGUUCAGGAUAUUCCCGAGCAGCCAGCGGAUCGGUGAAGGACAAGCAGCCGCUGAAGAAAGCUAAAACCCCGCAGGGCCGGUUGGACAACCCGGAGGAGAGCAGAGCUGCUCUGCAGAAGUUCCCUGAUGAUGUGAACCCAGAAACCAAGGAGAAGGGAGGCCCUCGAGGUCCGGAGCCCACCCGUUACGGAGACUGGGAGAGAAAGGGCCGCUGUGUGGACUUCUAGUUCAGCACUUACAAAUGUGACAUUAUACACCCCCGUGUUGUGCAGAUGUAUGUAUACUCAGUGGCACUAAGUUUGAGUUUCAGAUGAGAAGAUUAAAGACAACAAACUUUGACAGCAUAGCAAGUUAACUGUGUGUGUGUGUGUGUGUGUGUGUGUGUGUGUGUGUGUGUGUGUGUGUGUGUGUGUGUGUGUGUGUGUGUGUUAAAAGCAAAGAAAUGCCCCGAAAAUGAGUUGAAUAUGUGUUUGUGCUGGGGAGAGAGGCUAUGUUCAUACUCUAGGCUGAAUGUUAAGAUCCCUGAAUCUACACGUUCAUCUGCAAAUCUGACUAUUGGGCAAAUGUAUAAAUUAAACCUAUUAUUGAUCACUCUGGGAUGAAAAUCUGCUGCGUCAUUGGAAUCCACUCCUAAAUUGUACAUUUUCUGAUGAAAAGAAAGGUAACUUCAGUGGAAGGAGCAAAGACACACAUGGGGAGUAACUAAUUACAUGUUGUAGAGUAGAAGACAGAUACAUUACAAAAUAAAUGGGAUUAUAAAAAAAGUGUAAUUUAAAUACAGGUAGUGACAGUUUGGAAUUGCUAGUUCACCUAGCUAUGCCGAGGCGUCCUUGAGGAAGGCACUGAACUGCUCACCUUCAACUGGCACCUCUAAAAAUGUUUGAGCAUAUCAGCAUUCCUAGUGUGUGUUUGUACUGUGUGUAUUCAACAAACACAGUUUCUCCUUGGGGAUUAAUAAAGUAAAAAAAUAAAA